GCGACCCCGAAGGUUACCGUAGGGGUCGGUUAAUCUCAUUAUUACUAACUCCCGCCUUAUGAGGUCAGCUCGUCCCGCAUGCUUUUCCCUUCAACUCCUCUCCUCUCCCCUCUGCUUGAGCGGAAUGCAGACUGACAACAACUCGUCGCUCCAUCGACAUCCCUCAUCCCAUCGUCCUUCUUCCUGCGAGCCAUGUUGGCUCAUCCCAUCAGCCAUGUGACAGCAGCAACAACAUCCGCAUCACCAUCACCAUCGCACCCCAGCCCGGUCCGCGAGACUUCUUCUGAACCUGACUCCGACUCCGACUCCGACUCCGGGCCAUCGCGCACGUCAGGAGUUGCCGUCAUCGCUGCCGCCGCCUCAUCCUCGACAGUGGAGAUGGAUGCCUCGGAUUCCGAAAUGACAGAUGCGCCGGAGGAUGAAGGGGGCGUCGCUAUCGGCCCCUACUUGGACCCGCACUAUCACAGCAUGGAGGCCAUCAUGCAGCAGCUGGGUGAUGCAACGGGGCACACAUCCAUCGAUUCAACUGCGUCGGACAACAAUGACGAUGACGACGACGACGACGACAUGGCAGAUCAGCAUCGCCGCCAUGUAUACUCGGGUGAGGAACUGCCGGUAUCUGGUGUUGAAUCAUCGUCUGCUCCAUGGGGCCUGCAUGAUAUCCUCGAUGGCUAUGGUCACGUCCACUCGAACUUGUCUGAUGUCGAUGUCGAUGAUUUCUACCGAGCCUUUAACUACGACGCCUUGCCCCAGCUUCCGGGCACCUCUGCGACACCUGGUCACGACGAUCAUGCUUACUCCUACGAUGAUGACUCGACCGCUGGUCUGGGCGCAGAUGACCACUUUCCUGCUUCUGUCGUACAUGGAACAACGUCUGAACGAAAUCUCACGGUCGACCAGUUUAUUGACCAAUGGCUUAUCCAAUCAUCCUCCACACACCUUCGGUACUUUCUUCCACCUAAACCAUCCAUUCCGCAACGCUACGGCUUGGCCCUUUUGAACUGGGCGCCUCCUCCGAGGAUACUUCGGCCCAGUCGGUACCCCGAUGCAUCCUACGAUAUCCAACAGAUCCCGUGGUGGGAAGUUAUGCGCGUCAAGAGACCCCAGGUCCGGGCCUUGCGCGACGCCUGUUAUACGUCAUAUCAUAAUCUGGAGUACUCCCCUGGAUUUGCGCAACGACUCCCAGACGACGAGACUUUCUUUCGGGGCAAGUCCAUGCACACGAAGCACAGGGCAACCAUCGAACACUUUCAGCUUCGGAAUCUCAUGUCGGUCGUCUCACACAACACCGUGGAAUUUGCUCAUGAGUCAAAACUGUAUUCCUGGGUCCCCGGCUACGAUGAUCUGGUCUGCUUGAUUGAUCUUUCCAAACCAUCCGUGGAAUCCUGCUUCCAGUGCCCCGUCAAGAUCUCCACAAUGAGCUCCCGCCACGGCGUCUCGAUUGCUGGUGGCUUCUGCGGCGAAUAUGCAUUGCGUGCAGCAGGCACGGACGAGCCAGCUGCGGAGGGCUACGUGACGAAGGAUUUCAAUGGCAUCACAACCCACAUCGACAUCGUCAAACACCGGACCAGUCGGUCUCCUACGGCGAUCGUUGCUUCCAAUGACAAGCACCUGCGGGUUCUGGACUGCGAGUCCAACCAGUUUGUGGCGGAUUAUGCCCUCUUCUGCGCGGUCAACUGCACCGCUACGUCACCCGACGGUCGCCUUCGUGCAGUCGUCGGCGACUCCCCGGACGCAUGGGUCAUCGAAGCCGACACCGGACGACCUGUCCAUCCGCUCCGUGGCCACCGUGAUUUCGGAUUCGCUUGUGCCUGGUCCCCGGACAUGCGUCACAUCGCGACCGGUAAUCAGGACAAAACCGUGAUCAUCUGGGAUGCGCGCACCUGGCGCAUCCUCAAGACGAUCGAAUCCGACGUGGCAGGCUACCGAUCCCUCCGAUUCUCCCCCGUCGGUGGGGGUCCUCCGACGUUACUGUUGUGCGAACCCGCGGACCGGAUCGCCAUUGUCGACGCACAGACGUACCAAAGUCGACAGGUCCAUGAUUUCUUCGGGGAGAUCGGGGGCGCCGAUUACACGCCCGAUGGCGGGGCUAUCUGGGUGGCCAACACCGAUCAGCAUUUCGGGGGGUUCAUGGAGUAUGAACGAUGGCAGUGGGGGAAGAGACUUGGUCUCAGUGAUCUGCCGAAUGAGUGGUUACCGGAGUCGGAGUUGGAGAAUGAUGAGCGAUGCGUUCUGAGCGCACGAGAGAGACAGAUGAGAUUCUGCAGGAAUCUAACCGAUGAAGAACAUGAUGAGUUGUUGCUAGCCUGACAUUACCCUUUUUCCUCUUCUUUUCUUCUUUUCACCCCCUACUUAUCGAUUACCUAUUGAUCUCUUAUUCGUGUCAUUUUGUCAUCUCAUACAUUGCACAUUGCAUGUUUCCCGUACUGUACAUAUUUCGGAUCGAUGGCGUUUACAUCAGCGACAGAUAUCAUAUUGGGCGUGGGUGCAUCAUCCGGGGUAACAAGUGGUCUGUCUGUGUAUCAGCUUUCAUGUAUUUAUUUUUAUUAUUUUUUUUUUCUCGAUUCACUCAUCUUCUGGUGCCUUAACUAUAUAGCGUGAUGCAGUGAAACAUACAUAUGUAUAGAUGGGUACUCAUUGUACCUAGUUCUUAAACUCGAUCUCUCUAUACUUGAUCAACUCGAAGCUUUUCCUUUCUUGAAUAUAUGCUGUACUUAAAGUGUUAGCUACUUUAGCUUAUAUAUACCAUGUAAAAAGAGAUAAAGG